UAUGGCAUAUUCUUAAAGGGAAUAAGCUAUCUGCAAUUAAGAAAUAUACUUAGAUCUUGAUGUUGAUGAAGAAAUAGUCGAUCAUGCCAAACAAAAUGGUACUGAUAUAGUAUUAACAACAUCAAAAUUCUUUUUGUUGGAUGAUGGAUUAAAUAUUUUGAAUACAUACACAACUCCUAAUAAUGGAACACAUAUCUGUAAUCUAGUCUCAGGUCAUUCACUUUAGAGUUUGUUCUUGUUAGCCUGUUAAUCAGAAGGAAGAUCACCAUUCUUUGUAGCUUACAAAUAAACUUCAAAUAAUUCAUAUUCAGUAUUUGGUGAAUAUUAAGGUGUUCCAACAAUAUCAGAAGUUUUUAAUAAAUUUGCAAUUGUUGGAAACACAUUAAUUAUCCCAUAAAAAAAUAAAUUAGUUUUUUUCACAACAGUAAUUCAAGCCACCUCUUGGUACAUUCGUACAACUGCAUAUACUUUGGAUGCUUAAUUUUUUAAUACAUCAAGCUUGAAUAUUACUGAUUUUAGUUUAUCAUCAUACGAAUUAGAUCAACAAACCUAUUACAGAAUAUUAACUUUAGAUUAUGAAAAUGGUGUUUUUUGGGCUGAUGCAAUAUCUAGAUCAAAUAAUUUGAUUCCAUUUAAUAAUGGAUUUAUUAAUGUAAAAUAAAGUUUCUAUAUUCCAUAUUCUUCUAGAUUCAGAUAAGUUACCACUGUUAAAGUAUCUUAGAAUAUUACUUAAUUUAUUAUAUAAACCUAUGUUGAUAGUAGUUUUUAAAUUGAAUAUUCAAUUAAUAAUUCCUAUCUCUAAUUAUUGACAACUUUAAAUAGAUAUAAAGAUUGGAAUCCAUUUUCAUCAAUUAGAACUAAUAAUAACAUAGUUGCUGUUCCUUAUUAGAAUUAUCAAAAAACAGUUGUCAUUAAUUUGUUUAAUAUUGGAUUUAGAUUGAAUGAUUAAUAAACUAACUUAAAGUAAGAACCAACAGAUUUAUUGAUUUCAGCUUCAAUAGAAAACUUAAUUUUAUAUUUUACAUCAGAAACAUAAUUAGUUUAUAGAAGUGAUUUCGAUACUCUAACAUUAUGUACCUUAUCUAACUAUAAAGUUGAAUGA